UGCUCGCUCGUCCUUAUCACUGCCUCCCUCACUCACGUACUGGGAAGAGCCGGUCCUUUUCCCUCUUGUGCUUCAUUCAUCGGAUCUGCUCGAGUUGCCAAUCGAUAUCUAAUCAAUCGUGUGCUGUCCUCCUCUGGGUGCUGUUUGAAUAGCUCCCCAUCCUUGGUGCUGUUCGCGUUGAUCCGUCCCAUCCCCCCAUUACUGUCCCCGAACUCCGCUCGUUGAGUAACAGGAGACCCGUUGGACCCGGCUCUUCGCUGCGUCGCUUGUUUGAACAUAAACACCACUCCUCAUGUCGUUAUUCGGCACAUCUCCGGAGGACUCUCCGGAGGUUCAAUCCGCCCAGAAAUCCAAGUCCUCCCUCUUCGCCGACGAACCCUUCGGUGGUGGUAAUUCCGCCCUGGGCUCGUCCUCGCUCUUCGCUGACGACGAUGGUACGAGCUCCCCCUGGAACAACAAUACAAGCAAACGAACCGCCCGCCAUGAGAUCGUGAAAACUUUACUACCCGAGUCCGAUGUUCCCGACAGCUAUAUUGACGCCUACGACCUAGUGCUGUCGGGUGGAGAUCGCGUCGGCGCCCGGGUGGGCUUGACGUCCGUUCGGGAGAUCCUGUCAGGCAGCGGGCUAAGCGCCACCGACCAGGCGAAGAUUCUCAAUCUUGUUGUUUCAGGCGACGGCGACGACGCCAAUGGCCUCGGUCGUAGCGAGUUCAAUGUGCUGUUGGCGCUUGUGGGUCUUGCGCAGGAGGGCGAGGAUUUGACAUUUGACGCGGUCGAUGAUCGACGAAAGAAGCUUCCGACUCCUCGGAGCUCAUAUCUGGAUAAGCUGCAGGCGAGACAGGAAUCUGCCACCUCCGACCAACCCGCCGAACGACCUGCCACACCCCCUCCCCGCUCAACGCAAAUCCAAGAGCCGAACUCCGCACAUUCCCGCAGAUCUGGUCGAGAAACAUUGGGUGGCCUAGAAUCAGACCCUUGGGGUAGUCCUCAGCUACACCGCGACCAUGCGCAUGCGCAAACUGACUCUAACAACCCCGUGUUGAACGGCUACGGGAGUGUGCGAUCGACGACGAACGCUUGGGCCAAUCGCCCUGGUGAGGAAAGCGGCCGCAGUGAUGUUACCUCGAGUCAUCGCGCGAAUGGGCAACCGGAUACGGGGUCUGCUGCGAGCAGCGCAGGGUUUGGCUGGGGCGAAAGCUUCGGCAAUCCGUCCGUUGGGGGUGGGCUUGGAGGCGGGCCUGUCCAAGCUGGACUUGGUAGCUUCGGUCCUUCGAAUAGUGACCAGGGGGGGUCGAAUUCUCGUCGCCGGUCCCUUGGCAUUGGCCGUGUGGCCAGUCCGCAUCUGGAGGAGUUGAUCACCGUCACCCUGCUACCGGAGAAAGAGGGCAUGUUUAUGUUCCAGCAUCGCAACUACGAGGUGAAAUCCGCUCGGAGAGGAAGCACCGUCAUCCGUCGCUAUAGCGAUUUCGUCUGGCUACUGGACUGUCUUCACAAACGAUACCCCUUCCGACAAUUGCCCCUUCUUCCCCCGAAGAGGCUCGCAGUCAAUGGCACUCACCUUGCAGCGGACUCUACAUCAUUUCUCGAAAAACGUCGUCGCGGACUCGUUCGGUUCACCAACGCCCUCGUUCGUCAUCCGGUUCUCAGCCAGGAACAGCUGGUCAUCAUGUUUUUGACCGUGCCUACGGAGCUUUCUGUCUGGCGAAAACAAGCUACGAUCUCGGUUCAGGAUGAAUUCACCGGCAAGGCUCUUCCUCCAGACCUGGAGGACUCGCUGCCGGCCAAUUUGACGGAUACGUUCGAAACGGUCCGAGGCGGUGUCAAACGGUCUGCAGAGGUCUAUAUCAAUCUCUGCACGCUGCUUGACCGCCUGGCUAAGCGCAACGAAGGGCUUGCCGCGGACCAUCUGCGGUUUUCCCUUGGACUGCAAUCCCUCACGGAAGUGACUCGUGACACCUACGCCAUCGACACCAACGACGUCCCUCUGCUUAACGAAGGCAUCAAAGCUACCGCCAGUCAUCUGUCCGCAAGCCAGAGCUUGCUCGAGGACGAGGCACGGGCCUGGGAGACGGGGAUACUGGAGGACCUCAAGCGUCAGCGAGACUGCCUGGUGAGCGUGCGAGAGAUGUUCGACCGACGCGACCGAUAUGCGCGCAGCAAUAUUCCACAGUUGGAGCGACGCAUCGAGACCAACGAGCGGAAGCUGCAAGACCUGCGGACUCGGCCCCAGGGCACCGUCAAGCCGGGCGAGAUUGAGAAGGUGGAGGAGUCGAUUUUCAAGGACAAGGAAUCGAUUGUACAGCAGCACGCACGCGGGGUGUUCAUCACGGAAUGCAUCCGCGACGAGCUGGUGUAUUUCCAACAGAGCCAAUAUCACAUCAGCCGCUUGCACCAGGACUGGAGCCAGGAGCGGGUCAAGUACGCCGAACUGCAGGCUGACAACUGGCGGUCAUUGAGUGAUCAAGUGGAGGGGAUGCCGUUGGGGGACUGAUUGAUUGAUUGAUCACUUCCUGAUUCGAGAAUUUCUGUUUUGUCAUCUGACGGGUCAUAUUUUUCUUUCCUUUCUGGUCUUGCUUUCGUCUUUAGGUUGUUUCUGCGUUUGACGGAGCCCGUCGUUGCUUUUCUGUGUGACACCUUAGCCGGAUAUAUUGUCGAGUGCGAUAUCAUUUUGGAGACUGUGAUCUAAAUGUGACUUUGAGUUUCUGAAGCAGCCAAACACCAGGUUACUCCAGGCUGCUUCUUGCUGUGA